UUUCUCGCUCGCUCUCCCUUUCUGGAAGCUGCGAAAGUACUUUGGCGGUUUGUCCAUCCGCAGCUUGGGCUUCCCCAGAUACUGUGGCCCUUCCGACCACCCCUCUAGCCCCAGCUCUCCCUCCCCCUUCCCUUGACCAGCACCCAGCGGAGACCCUUAUUGUGCACAAACUUGACACUCACCCUGGCCGUGAAACUGGAAUACUAAGUACAGAGGAUGACAAAAAAAUGUAUGCACAUUUUAAGAAAGGAAAAAUGUAUUAAAAGUGUGAUACUCAAGUCAUGUUUGAUUUCUGCAAUUGCAAAACUACGGCCCACGGGCCACAUGAGACUGGUUUUAAGGGGUGUGGCAGGAGGUUUUGGACUCGAUGAGUUUCCACCGAAAUGUCGGAGAAGUCAGGCCAGAGCACAAAAGCAAAGGAUGGGAAAAAGUAUGCAACACUCAGUUUAUUUAAUACUUACAAGGGUAAAUCAUUAGAAACUCAGAAAACAACAGUUGCAGCUCGACAUGGAUUACAGAGUCUUGGAAAAGUUGGUAUUUCACGGCGUAUGCCUCCACCUGCUAACCUCCCGAGUCUCAAAGCAGAAAACAAAGGCAAUGAUCCUAAUGUGAACAUUGUACCUAAAGAUGGCACAGGAUGGGCAUCAAAACAAGAGCAGCAUGAAGAAGAAAAAACACCAGAAGUGCCACCAGCACAACCAAAACCUGGGGUUGCAGCUCCCCCAGAAGUAGCACCUGCUCCCAAAUCAUGGGCCAGUAACAAGCAAGGUGGGCAAGGAGAUGGAAUCCAGGUAAAUAGUCAGUUUCAGCAAGAAUUUCCCAGCCUGCAGGCAGCUGGGGAUCAGGAAAAAAAAGAAAAGGAAGCAAAUGAUGACAACUAUGGACCUGGACCCAGUUUACGUCCACCAAAUGUUGCUUGUUGGAGAGAUGGUGGUAAGUCUACUGGCUCACCUUCUUCAUCUGACCAAGAUGAAAAGCUGCCUGGCCAGGAAGAAAGCACAGCUGGAACAUCAGAGCAAAAUGAUAUCCUCAAAGUGGUGGAGAAGAGGAUAGCUUGUGGCCCUCCACAGGCUAAACUGAACGGACAGCAGACUGCCCUUGCUUCCCAGUAUAGAGCUAUGAUGCCUCCUUAUAUGUUUCAACAGUAUCCGAGGAUGGCAUAUCCUCCUCUACAUGGUCCCAUGAGAUUCCCACCUUCUUUAUCUGAAACAAACAAAGGCCUUCGAGGAAGAGGACCACCUCCUUCAUGGGCCUCUGAGCCUGAACGCCCAUCCAUUCUUAGUGCAUCAGAACUGAAGGAGCUUGAUAAAUUUGAUAACCUGGAUGCUGAAGCUGAUGAAGGUUGGGCAGGUGCUCAGAUGGAAGUAGACUAUACAGAACAGCUGAAUUUCAGUGAUGAUGAUGAGCAAGGAAGUAGUAGUCCUAAAGAGAAUAUCAGUGAGGAUCAAGUUUCAAAAGCCCCUGAAAACACUGAAAACCAAAAAGAAGCAGAUGAAGUUUGCAACACUAAAUUAUCUCAAAUAUCUGCCCAGGCACCAGUGACAAAAGGCCCCUAUGGAAAAGGACCUUCAUUUAAUCAGGAACGUGGACCAUCUUCACAUCUGCCACCACCUCCAAAGUUGCUUGCACAGCAGCAUCCACCUCCUGAUCGACAAGCAGUACCUGGAAGGCCAGGCCCCUUUCCCCCCAAGCAGCAGGUACCUGAUGAAGAUGAAAUAUGGAAACAGCGACGAAGACAACAGUCAGAAAUUUCCGCAGCAGUGGAACGAGCUCGUAAACGGCGUGAAGAGGAAGAGCGAAGAAUGGAGGAACAAAGGAAGGCAGCUUGUGCAGAGAAACUGAAACGGCUAGAUGAGAAACUUGGCAUCGUGGAGAAACAACCCUCUCCAGAGGAAAUUAGGGAAAGGGAGCGAGAGAAAGAGCAGGAGCGGCAGAAGGAACUUGAAAAACAACAGGAACAGGAGCGAGAGAAGGAAAGAGAAAGGGAGAGAAAGCAGGAAAAGGAAAAAGAGCUGGAGAAGGAGCAGGAAAAACAAAGAGAAAUGGAGACGGAAAGAAAGCAAGAGAAAGAACUAGAACGGCAGAGGGAGAAGGAAAAACAACUACAAAACAUGAAAGAACAAGAAAAGGAAUGUGAGCUGGAGAAGGAAAGGGAAAAAGUGGAGGAAAAAAUAGAACUCAAAGAACCUACUAUAGAGCCUGUGGUAGAAAAAAAAGAAAGUGAGAACAACUGUAAUAAAGAAGAGGAAGCAGUUUUCACUAGACAGGACAGCAAUCGCAGUGACAAGGAAUCCACACCAGUGACACAUGAGACAGAACCAGACUCGGGGUCCCAACCUCGGCCUGCUGUAUUAUCUGGUUAUUUCAAACAGUUUCAGAAGUCUUUACCACCACGAUUCCAACGGCAGCAGGAGCAAAUGAAACAGCAGCAAUGGCAGCAGCAGCAACAAGGUGUGCUUCCACAAACUGUACCUUCACAGCCAUCCAGUGGCACUGUCCCUCUGCCACCACACAGACCUCUCUAUCAGCCCAUGCAGCCUCACCCUCAGCAUUUGGCUUCCAUGGGUUUUGACCCAAGGUGGCUCAUGAUGCAGUCCUACAUGGAUCCUCGAAUGAUGUCAGGAAGGCCUGCUAUGGAUAUUCCACCCAUUCAUCCUGGAAUGAUUCCUCCUAAGCCAUUAAUGAGAAGAGACCAGAUGGAAGGGUCACCAAAUAGUUCUGAGUCUUUUGAGCAUAUAGCCCGACCCACAAGAGAUCAUGCAGUUUCCCUUUCUGAGCCUCGCAUGAUGUGGGGGUCAGAUCCCUAUCCUCAUGCUGAACCUCAGCAGGCAACUACUCCCAAGGCAACAGAAGAAUCUGAGCCUGUAAGGUCUGAAGCUGCAUUGGACCAGGAGCAGAUUGCUGCUUAUCCUGUAGAACAUAGUCAGUUGGAGGCUCAUCCAAAAGCAGACUUUGUCCGAGAGUCAAGUGAGACAGAAGUACAGAAGUUUUUAAGCAGAUCUGUGGAAGACGUUAGGCCUCAUCAUACUGACUCAAAUAAUCAAUCUGCUUGUUUUGAAGUAACUGAUCAAAAGACCUUAUCUGUUCCUCAAGAAGAGCGAAUUUCAACUGUAGAGAGUCAGCCUGCCCGAAAAAGAAGUGUUUCCCAUGGAUCUAACCAUAUUCAAAAAUCAGAAGAGCCAAGAAGUGAGCCAUCUGCAAGCAUUCCUAAGGUAACCAGCAGAUGCAUUGAUUCAAAAGAACCAGCAGAAAGGGCAGAGGAGAAACCAAAAAAGGAAGGCUUUAUACGAUCUUCUGAAGGACCAAAACCUGAAAAAGUGUAUAAAUCUAAAUCAGAGACUCGUUGGGGCCCACGGCCAGGCUCCAACAGAAGAGAAGAGGGUAACGAUAGACCAGUGAGAAGAUCAGGUCCUAUUAAAAAGCCUGUUCUUAGAGAUAUGAAGGAGGAACGGGAGCAAAGGAAAGAGAAAGAAGGAGAAAAGGUCGAGAAGGUCACUGAAAAGGUUGUAAAACUUGAAAAGGUGGAAAAGAAGGAUCUUCUUCCUCCAGCCCCACCACCUUCAGCACCAGUUCAGCCACAGUCAGGUCCACCACCAGUUCAGCCAGAACUGGAAAAAUUCCCUUCACCAGAAACUUCAACAUUGGCCCCCAAACCAUCUCAAGAUACUGAGAAGCCUCUGGAACCUGUGAAUAAAGUUCAAGUAGAGCCCACAGUUAAAACCUUAAACCAACAGGCUACCACAGCACCCACAGUCAAAGAAGAAAAACAACCUGAGAAAGUCAUCAGCAAAGACUUUGUUAUAGAGAGGCCCCGACCAGAUUCUAGACCAGCAGUUAAAAAAGAAUCAACUUUACCUCCUAGGACCUAUUGGAAAGAAGCUAGAGAUAGAGAUUGGUUUCCAGAUCAAGGAUACAGAGGUCGAGGCAGAGGUGAAUAUUACUCUAGAGGCCGAAGUUACAGAGGUUCUUAUGGAGGGCGUGGAAGGGGUGGGAGAGGGCACCCUCGAGAUUAUCCUCAGUAUAGAGACAAUAAGCCAAGAACAGAACAUAUGCCCUCAGGACCUCUCAGACAGCGAGAAGAAAGUGAAACGCGAAGUGAGAGUUCUGAUUUUGAAGUUGUCCCUAAAAGAAGACGACAGCGGGGUUCAGAGACUGACACAGACAGUGAAAUUCAUGAAAGUGCAAGUGACAAGGAUAGUUUAAGUAAAGGCAAACUUCCCAAAAGAGAGGACCGGUCUGAAAACAAAAAACCCAUAAAACUUCAGUCUUCUUUCAAGCCUGAUAAUCAUGUUCGAAUAGAUAAUAGACCACUUGAAAAACCUUACGUGAGGGAUGAUGAAAAAUCUAAACCAGGCUUCCUUCCUAAAGGAGAGCCCACAAGGAGAGGCAGAGGAGGAACAUUCAGGCGUGGUGGAAGGGAUCCUGGCGGUCGUCCUUCACGCCCUUCCACUUUACGAAGACCUGCUUAUCGAGACAAUCACUGGAACACAAGGCAGGUAGAACCUCCUAAGACAGAAGAUGGUGAGCCACUGAGAAGACAUGAGCAGUUCAUUCCUAUACCAGCAGAUAAACGACCUCCAAAAUUUGAGCGAAAAUUUGACCCAGCUCGAGAGAGGCCCCGGAGGCAACGUCCUACCCGACCACCAAGGCAGGAUAAGCCUCCUCGUUUUAGAAGGCUAAGAGAGAGGGAGGCCGCUUCAAAAACAAAUGAGGUGGCAGUGCCCACAAAUAGCACUGUUAAUAAUGUGGUUCAAGAACCAGUUAAUAUUGUUGGGGACAUUUCUGGGAAUAAGACACCAGACUUAUCUAAUCAGAACUCUUCAGAUCAGGCAAACGAAGAAUGGGAAACAGCUUCUGAAAGCAGUGAUUUCAAUGAGAGGCGAGAGAGGGAUGAAAAAAAAAAUACUGAUUUGAAAACACAAGCAGUUGUAAAGGCUGGAGAGACUGUUUUACCUCCAAAGAGAGAAAUAGCAAAAAGAAGUUUUUCUAGUCAGAGACCAGUAGAUCGCCAGAAUCGACGUGGCAACAAUGGUCCACCCAAAUCAGGAAGGAAUUUCUCAGGUCCUAGAAAUGAAAGGAGAAGUGGCCCACCAUCAAAAAGCGGGAAGAGAGGGCCAUUUGAUGACCAGUCUGUAUGCACAACUGGUGUUGACCCUGUCAAUGGCAGCUCUACACACCACCAAGAAGGAGCAUCUAACGGUACAGGACAAAAGAAUUCCAAAGAUGCUACCGGGAAAAAAAGAGAAGAUCCCAAACCAGGUCUUAAAAAACCCAAAGAGAAAGUAGAUGCUCUAUCACAGUUUGAUCUCAACAAUUACGCAAGUGUUGUUAUAAUUGAUGAUCAUCCUGAAGUAACAGUAGUUGAAGACCCCCAGUCAAAUUUGAAUGAUGAUGGUUUUACUGAAGUGGUAUCCAAAAAACAACAAAAACGUUUACAGGAUGAGGAACGUCGAAAGAAGGAAGAACAAGUUAUACAGGUCUGGAACAAAAAAAAUGCAAAUGAAAAAGGAAGAGGUCAGACUUCUAAGCUUCCUCCAAGAUUUGCAAAAAAACAGGCUACAGGGACACAGCAGGCACAGUCUUCACCCUCAGCUCCCAUUCUAGCCUCAGCUCCAGUUCCUCCUUCAACCUCAGUUCCGGUUACAGCCUGCACCUCAGUUCCAGUUCCAGUUCCAGUUCCAGCCUCUGCCUCAGCUCCAGCUGCAGUUCCAGCCUCAACCUCAGCUUCAAUUCCAGUCUCGACGCCAACUCCAAUUCCAGCCUCAGCUCUUGUUCCAGCCUCCACUUCAGCUACAGCCACAACCUCUUCAUCAGUUCCAGCCUCAGUCCCACCCCCAACCCCUAUCCUUGCUUCGGUUUCCAGCCCAACCUCUGUCCCCAUUCUUACUUCAGCCUCAAUUCCUAUCCUUGCUUCAGCCCUUGCGCCAGCUUCAGCUCCAACCUCAGCCCCUGUAGUCUCAAUCCCAACUGCCCCCAUCAUCUCAGCUCCAGCUGCCCCAGGCUCAGCCCCAUCUGCCUCAGUCCCACUUGCCCCAGCCUCAACCCCAGCCCCAGUCCCAGCCCCAGCUCCAGCCCCCACUCCAGCCCCCACUGUUCCAGCACAGACUCCGGCACAGACUCACAAGCCAGUCCAGAAUCCACUGCAGCCUACAACACAGUCUUCAAAACAGCCACCACCUUCGAUUAGGCUACCUUCAGCUCAAACACCUAAUGGUACAGAUUACGUAGCCACAGGAAAAUCCAUUCAGAACCCACAGUCACAUGGCACUCUGACAGCCGAACUAUGGGAUAACAAGGUGGCCUCACCAGCUAUGCUGAAUGACAUCUCUAAGAAAUUAGGUCCCAUUAGCCCACCACAGCCACCUUCAGUCAGCGCAUGGAAUAAGCCCCUAACAUCAUUUGGAUCAGCUGCUCCAGCAGAGGGAACAAAGAAUGGUCAGGAAAGUGGGGUAGAAAUUGGUAUUGACACAAUUCAGUUCGGUGCUCCAGCAUCAAAUGUGAAUGAAAACGAAGUUGUUCCUGUGCUUUCGGAAAAGGCUACUGACAAAAUACCUGAACCCAAAGAACAGCGGCAGAAACAGCCACGGGCAGGACCUAUCAAAGCCCAGAAGCUUCCAGAUUUGAGUCCAGUGGAAAACAAGGAACACAAACCUGGUCCCAUUGGAAAGGAACGGUCAUUAAAAAAUAGAAAAGUAAAAGAUGCCCAACAGGUAGAGCCAGAAGGACAAGAUAAGCCAAGCCCUGCCAUAGUCAGAAGCACAGAUACUGUCACAACAAAGGAGACCAAAUCCGUGACAGAAAUGUCUACUGAAAUAGGAACAAUGAUCUCAGUAUCAUCUGCAGAAUAUGGCACUAACGCAAAGGAGUCUGUAACAGACUAUACUACACCUUCUUCUUCUUUGCCUAACACUGUGGCUACUAAUAAUGCAAAGAUGGAGGAUACUUUGGUUAAUAACGUCCCCCUGCCCAACACCCUUCCCCUCCCUAAGAGGGAGACUAUACAACAGAGCUCCAGCCUUACUUCAGUUCCUCCCACUACUUUCAGCCUCACCUUCAAGAUGGAGUCUGCUCGCAAGGCCUGGGAGAAUUCUCCGAACAUAAGGGAUAAAGGGUCUCCAGUAACUUCCGCAGCACCUCCGAUUCCAAGUGGAGUCAGCAGUAGUGCCAGUGGACCCAGCACUGCUAAUUACAAUUCGUUCUCAAGUGCAUCAAUGCCUCAGAUUCCUGUUGCUUCAGUCACUCCUACAACAUCACUAUCAGGAGCUGGUACAUAUACUACCUCUUCUUUGAGUACAAAAUCCACAACUACAUCCGACCCUCCUAAUAUUUGUAAAGUGAAACCUCAACAGUUACAGACAAGCAGCCUGCCUUCUGCCAGUCAUUUUUCGCAGUUAAGCUGUAUGCCCUCCCUCAUUGCGCAGCAGCAGCAGAGCCCACAAGUCUAUGUGUCUCAGUCUGCAGCAGCUCAAAUUCCAGCUUUCUAUAUGGACACAAGUCAUCUGUUCAAUACCCAACAUGCACGAUUGGCUCCACCGUCUUUGGCACAGCAACAAGGCUUCCAACCAGGUCUCUCUCAGCCAACUUCAGUUCAACAGAUUCCAAUCCCUAUUUAUGCUCCACUGCAAGGGCAGCAUCAAGCCCAGCUGAGUUUGGGGGCUGGACCUGCUGUUUCCCAGGCUCAGGAAUUAUUCAGUUCUUCCCUUCAACCAUAUAGAUCUCAGCCAGCCUUUAUGCAAAGCAGUCUGUCCCAGCCAUCUGUAGUCCUUUCUGGUACUGCCAUCCACAACUUUCCAGCUGUCCAACACCAAGAACUUGCCAAGGCACAAUCUGGUCUUGCCUUUCAACAGACUUCAAAUACUCAGCCUAUUCCUAUAUUGUAUGAGCAUCAGCUUGGGCAGGCAUCAGGACUGGGAGGUUCACAACUGAUUGAUACACAUCUUCUGCAGGCUAGAGCAAAUCUUACCCAGGCUUCAAAUCUUUAUUCUGGACAAGUACAACAGCCUGGUCAGACAAAUUUUUAUAACACUGCCCAGUCACCAAGUGCUCUCCAGCAGGUAAACUAUGGCAUGGUUACUGUACCUUUACCAGCAUCCCAGCUUUCCUUGCCUAAUUUUGGAUCUACAGGGCAACCUCUAAUUGCUUUGCCUCAGACUCUUCAACCCCCAUUACAGCAUACCAGCCCACAAGCACAGGCUCAGAGCCUGACUCGUCCUGCACAAGUAAGCCAGCCUUUCAGAGGAUUAAUUCCUGCUGGAACACAGCAUAGCAUGAUUGCAACCGCAGGAAAAAUGUCUGAAAUGGAACUAAAAGCCUUUGGAAGUGGCAUUGAUAUAAAACCAGGCACACCUCCAAUCGGCGGUAGAAGCACCACACCAACAUCUAGUCCCUUCCGGGCUACUUCCACGAGUCCAAACAGCCAGUCCAGCAAAAUGAACAGCAUUGUCUAUCAGAAGCAGUUCCAGUCGGCCCCUGCCACUGUGAGAAUGACACAGCCUUUUCCUACACAAUUUGCACCCCAGAUUCUCUCUCAGCCUAACCUGGUCCCUCCAUUGGUAAGAGCCCCACAUACUAACACCUUCCCAGCGCCUGUUCAGAGGCCACCAAUGGCACUGGCCAGUCAGAUGCCUCCUCCGCUGACCACAGGCCUCAUGAGCCAUGCUCGUUUGCCACAUGUAGCCAGGGGUCCUUGUGGAUCACUAUCUGGAGUCAGAGGUAAUCAGGCCCAGGCUGCGUUGAAAGCUGAACAAGACAUGAAGGCAAAGCAGAGAGCAGAGGUUCUUCAGUCCACACAACGGUUCUUCUCUGAACAACAACAGAGCAAACAGAUAGGAGGAAAAGCCCAGAAAGUGGACAGUGAUUCAAGUAAACCACCUGAAACACUGGCAGACCCUCCUGGGGUCUGUCAGGAGAAAGUAGAAGAAAAGCCACCCCCUGCUCCCUCCAUCGCCACCAAACCUGUUAGAACUGGACCAAUCAAACCUCAGGCGAUCAAAACUGAAGAAACAAAAUCCUAAAGGCUGUGGUUUACUGCAGGGGAUUUGGGGAGGGGGACGGGGAGAAUGAAGUCAGAUAAUGCCAGCAGCCAAAGGGGGAAAAUGGUCUGUGACAUUAUCCUGUUCAGAGCUUGGAAAUGUGCAAGGGACAUAGGAGCAAUUUACAUUGACACACAGUUGCUGUGCCAGUAAAAGUGAGGCUUUGCGAGCUUGCAUAUGACAUGCGCUCAGUUGAUGGCCACGCAUCUUCAGUCAGAAUCUAUAUGCCAGUAUGUGUGCUCAUUUUUUGAGUGCAUAUAAUUUGGACCUAAAAAUCCUUAUGGUUAGAUGAAACACCAAAUAUACCAGGAAAAUAACACCACCAGAAGAAUAGUUCAGCCUGAACAAUGUGGUGGUCCCAGCUAAGACAUCAGAUGUGGUUUCAUUGCUCCCUAAUGUCCUUUGGAUGUGGUUAUGUAGGCUUAGAGGUGAAGAACUGAAGAUAACUGGUGCUGGAUAGAGGAGCCUUAUUUUUUAUUAUGGCAGCUUGCUAUUUUUGUAACAUGGUGAUUGAGUUGAACACAAUCAAAGUACAGUAGUAACUGAUCUCCCCUUCUUCCUGGAUGAAUGAGCAGAAGAUUAAGUAUUGAUGCCAGCAUCCUUGAACCAUACCCAAGUGAGCAAUGUUUGGCUACUGCUUCUGUUUGGAAUGAUGCUGUGUUGUUUUGGUUGUGGUCCAAAGCUUUGAAGCGCUACUUGGCGUCUCCCUUUUUCCCAUGGAGCUCUCACCAUUCAAACAUGACAGGUCUGGUAAAAUACUAGUAAGGUUGAGUCUUGCUUGCCUCCACUCAGUCAUCUUUGUAUGAAUCUAGUGGUUCUUUCCCUCUGUCCCCCUCCCAUUUGUUUUGUUCUUUUUUUUUUUUUAACGGUUUUAGCUGAUGUUUAUGAACAGCAGUGAAUACCUAGAACUGUGCUGCGAAUGAAAGGAAAUCCUAUCUAAAAAGGUGCAUUUCUUUACAGAGUUGUGUCAUACCACCCUUUGGGCCCUCUGCUGGAAAAGUAGAAUCAAGUCUCAAAUAAUGCCUUUUUAAUUGUAUCCUCUAGUAUUAUAGAUGUAGGACAGUACUGUAUCAUACCUCUGUGAAUGUAAAAUAUCUUGUACCUGCUUUAUGAUACGUAGUAGUGAUCGUGCUUUAUCAGAGCUGUUUUUAAUGAUGUUAUUCUAGAAUGUUUUCUUUCCAGAUGAUGAUCAGAAGCUAAUAAAAAAAAAUGGUGCCAGGUACCACAACAGUAACAGAACUUUGCUGUUUUCUAGGGUUUUGUUUUUUACCUCCCCUCCCCCCCUUUUUUUAAUGGAGUGUGCUGAUGUCUCUAUAAUUUUGUUCAGAUGACUGCAGAACCUGGAAAAGCUGUUGCUGCUAUUGAUGCAUAACAUACUGCUAUUAUUGGUCUUUUUAUAUAAAUAUAUAUAUAUAUAUACAUAUAUAUAUAAUUUGAAUUUUUGGAAACUUUAGCUGUGCUGUCAACUUUGGAAAAAGUAUCCCAGUUUACUGUGUUGAGUUGGCAUUGUACAGAAAUUAACAGCCAUAUUGGUCUAGAAAUGUUAAAAUUAAUUUUUUUCCAUUUGUACAGGGGUAACGCACUGUAUUAAAUAUGUAAGGUCUUAUCUACAUGGGUUUGAUUACAGAAACUAAUAAAGUAUUCUCUAAAUAAUGAA